AUGUUCCUAGUGUCCAGGUUGACUUACUACAGGUACAGUAAGGGAGGAUGCACACUGUCAGAGACUGAGCGAGAACCUAAAACGAAGUACACAGGUGAUUCUGUGCUUCUGUCCUGCUCAUGUGAAGACCCAAACACCAAACCUGAGGACUUCAGAUGGACCCACGUAGAGUCCAGUGGGACUGAAGUGUCCAAUGAAUCUCCACGGUAUAAAGACAGAGUCCACACGUUUCACAAGACGACUCCAUCAAAUCUGUCUCUGUUGAUCUCCAAUCUGACUGAAGAAGACCAGGGGACUUACAGAUGCACAGUUAACAACAAAACAUCCGCUGACACCAGACUCCUCGUUAAAGGCUGUGUUUUAUCCGAACAUCACGUCACCAAGAGCUCAUAUGCAGGAGAAUCCGUGAUUCUUCCAUGUUCCUGUGAAGAUCCCAAAACCAAACCUGAGCACUUUGAAUGGAAGCGAGCAGCUGUAAAUGAGACGCUGGUUUCAGACACUGAGAAGAUCAACGGCCGAUUCCAGAUGAUCAGAGGUUCUCCUCAUAAUCUCUUCUUACGGAUCUCAAACCUGACCGAGACUGACGGAGGACUGUAUGUGUGUUCAGUCAACGGCAAACAAUCCAGACACGUCACUCUCACUCUUACAGAUUCUGCUGUUAUAAAUGCUCUCGGUUAUCAAUACUAUCUGAUAUUUCUGGUCUUUCUGCUCUGUCUGAUGCUGCUGCCGGCGGCUGGAUGCAUCUUCUGGAGAUUUGCAAGAGCUAAAAAAGGAAGCAGAGGAAGCCGAGAGAUCCAGAGAUCAAAUGAUGAGGAUAAAGUGACGUACUCCACCGUGACGCAGAUUAAAGGUAGAAAACCAGCAGAAAAACAGCAACAGGAUGAUGUUACAUAUUCAUCUGUAGUCCACAUCAAAUCUCACAAACCAAAAUCCCGACAGAUGAACACUGAUGAGGCCACCGUCUACGCAAGUGUGCAAAAAAGAUAA